AUGUCUUCACGAGCAGGCACCGGCGCGCCAGCGCCCGAUGAUAAAAUCACAGCCUUGAAAAAAGUCCUCUAUGACGAGUGUUUUGAAUCUUUCGAAGAUAAUCCUACUUUUUUCCAAGAAGAUCUGUUCGAACUCAAUGUCCUACCUAAUGAUGAUGUGUCCAUACUGCUGGCUGUCACCCAGGGGCUCACAAAUGAUAAGUUGUUCAAGGUGGUUCAGGAUUCGCAAAGGGGCAUCGGAUGGAAAUUGCGUACUCAAGAGGAAGCCAAGAAUUACCGCAGUCUUUCCUCCGAGCAAGAAAUUGUCUACGCGCUCAUCGACGAAGCCGCCGAAGAGGGAAUAUGGACCAAAACCAUUAAGGCGAGGUCUAACCUCCACGAUGCCGUUUUCCGUACCGCCCUUAAGCACCUCGAAACGAAGCAUUUGAUUUCAGAGAUGAAAUCCGUGGAAAACCGUAAUCGGAAAAUGUACAUCAAAUCCAGCCUGCAACCUUCCGAUCGAGCCACUGGUGGAGCAUGGUAUACCGAUAAUGAACUAGACGAGGAGUUUAUCACGCAAAUCUCGCACAUCUUAUUUGAUCACAUCCACAGAAAAUCUUUCUACAAAUCUAGUUCGGCGAGUUUGAAGAAGCCGAAAAAGGUUGUAGGGAGGAAGAUGUCUGCGGAUGAAGCUAAAGCGUUGAGAGACAAAGCCUUAGGAGGCCGAGUCAAAAUUGAAGAUACCACCGAAGACGAUGCUGUGGAUGGAGCCAGGAGACAUUACGAUGCAUUAUUACCUAUGCCACCCGGCUACCAAGGAUAUCCGACCCUUAAUGAACUCACCUCUUUCAUUGAGAAUUCCGGAGCUACGGCCAUGACGCUGACUGCUCAAGACAUUCAGCAAUUGCUAGAGAUUUUGAUUUUCGAUAAUAAGAUUGAGAAGGUUCUUGCGGGUCCGGAAGGUGUUUGCUAUAGGGCUGUAAGGAAAGGAUUUAGGGAGGAUCAGGAAGGUGGCCCGUCUAGUGCUUUGACGGAUGUUCCAUGUGGACACUGUCCGGUUGCUGAUCUCUGCGAGGAAGGUGGGCCCGUAGGACCAAGUACUUGCGAGUAUUUUCAGACAUGGUUGAAUAUUUAG